GAAAGUAAAGAUAUGUGGUCUACGUUGAAACUGUAGGCAAAGUCGCUCUUCUCUCUCUCUCUCUCUCUCUCUCUCUCUCUCUCUCUCUGUGCUAGCAGAUCCCCAAGCAAUGGCUGCACCCAUCAAAGUGUUCGGACCGGCAAUGUCGACGGCCACAGCCAGGGUUAUGGCUUGCCUUCUUGAGAACCAGCUCCAAUUUGAUCUCGUCCCCGUCGACAUGUCCAAAGGCCAGCAUAAGAAGCCAGAAUUCCUCGCCAUCCAGCCAUUUGGCCAAGUUCCUGCUUUCCAGGACGAACACAUUGUCCUCUUUGAGUCGAGGGCGAUUUGCAGGUACAUAGUGGACAAAUACACGGAGAAGGGGAAGAGGGGUUUGCUGGGGAUGGAGACCCUGGAGAGGGCGUCCAUCGAGCAGUGGCUGGAAGCCGAAUCCCAGAGUUUCAACCCGCCGAGCUCGGCGCUGGUCUUCCAGCUUGCCUUUGCCCCCAGAAUGAAGCUGAAGCAGGACCCCAACCUGAUUGCUCAGAAUGAGGCCAAGCUGAGCAAAGUGCUCGACGUCUAUGAGCAGCGCCUUGGCGACAGCCGAUUCCUGGCGGGAGACGAAUUCACCCUCGCCGACCUCUCCCACUUGCCCAACGCCCAGUACCUCAUCAACGCCACCGAUAGGGCCGCCCUCUUCACCUCCCGGAAGAACGUCAGCCGCUGGUGGGAGGAAAUCUCCGGCCGCAGCUCCUGGAAGAAGGUGGUGGAGAUGCAGCAGACACCUCUCCCCUCUUCCUCUUCUACUUAAUAGGUUAAUUAGAGGGAACAGAUGGAGAAUUCACUAUUCAUCUCUUUACAGGCUACUCUCCUGGAGUUUAAAUCUUAGAACUUCCUCCGGCGUGCUGAUACCAUUAUCGUUUUUGUGUUUUUUUCUUUUCUUCAUGAUCCGAAAUUUUCCCUAUCGGUUUUAAGGUAUGUUAGAUGAAUCUGAUAUCGUCUUUCAUAUAUAUGCUAAGAGUAUUUUGGAUUCUGAUUUUAA